AAAAAUAAUUGUCAGAACAGUUGAAAGUGCGUAUUUUGAUGUUCCCUUUUGUAUACCACAUACAUUUUUAAUGAUUUUUCCAGGGAGUUGGUGUUAAUGCGACGCUUCGCUCGUGUUGUGCUUGUGUUUACAUGUUCGGGACGUUUUAGUUUAUUCCAAUGAUGUCUCAGCAGCGGUCGAGAAAGGCCGCCGGGGCUGCCUUAGAGGCCCCCCGAGGCCGGCAGUCGGUCGUCAAAGCCUCAGGCGACUCGGUUUCCUCGAACCUCCAGGCAAAGCAACCCACCGUCAGAAGUACGAGCAAAAGCAAAAUACCGAAGAGCCUGCGAUACGACUUGGAAAACGCACUCGUUGGUCUAUGCGACGUGUGGUUCGAAGAGAUCAAGCCACACCUAGUCCGCAACAACAUAAAGGUGCACGUGCACGGCGCUGGGCCGGCGAGCGGCGACCACCGGCGACUGCCGCCCGGCGCGCCCGGCUGCUCUCACCUCGACCCAGGUGCUGCCCCCGAUGUGCACGUGCACGGCGGUGGCCCAGCGAGCGGUGGCCACCGGCGGCUGCCGCCCGGCGCGCCCGGCUGCUCUCACCUCGACCCAGGUGCUGCCCCGAUGUACGAGCCACACCGCUCUGAUAUCUCGCUAUCAUUCACAUUUCACACCACAACGGACAUUAUAAUGUAUUUGUUAAAACGACGUUAA